AUGACUAUCGUGUUUCUUUUUUCUAUUAUUUCCACUCACCUUGUUGUCCUGCCAGCCACAACUUUCAAGACUCUUAAUCCACACCACUCGAGGAUUGAUGACAAACAGACGGUGUUCCCUACAGGCAUGUUUGCACGUCUCUGGGUCGGACCCACCUAGCCAUACCGACCAGCCGUAAUAAGCACUCCUGGCAGAAAAGUUCUCGUCAUGCCGACUGUACCGUUAACCGAGGAAAAACGAUGUGUCCUGAAUGUCCUUACUUGGGACUCGGUAACUGGGGCAUAUAGUUCGACCAGCCACCGUGCCCAUGCCCUUGAGUCUCUGACCUCUCCUCCAUCCCCUACUUCUUCAGUCCGCAUCUGCCAGGUCGGUGGAAUAGCCAAUGAUUAG